CAGUCGGCGCUCACCUGAACAUUCAGUGGUCGAGGCAUUUUGGUGUUGUGAGGGUUGAGCUCAGCUCUCCUUUAUCACUGUUAAAUUUUCUAAGUGUUCAGUUUUAGAUAGAGUGCUACAGAGACGCAGGAGCAGACCUAGUGCAUGAUACCAGAAACCCGCUUGUGAAUCUCGGUCCUCAGAUUUUUUGAUUUUCUGAACUCAAUAUGGCGAGCCAUUAUGUUAUAGUAUACACAGCUACGGCAGGGGCAAAUGGACCCUUACUUGGCACAGACGAAGAGGAUGUCGUUUUGAUGCAGUAUUUAGUGUGGGACGCCGUAUGCAGAAAGACGGUGACUGAACAGCAGUAUAUUGUGAGGCCACCCACAGAAGACAUCAACGAAAAUGUGCUGGGCGAGCAGUGUCGGGAAGAUUUUCGCCUGACGGAAGACCAGGUGAAAAAUGGCCAGCCCCUCGGAAGUGUUAUCGACUCGUUUGAUGCUAUUCUGAGCAAGAUAGGGGAGGGCGACACGUCCCACAUGGCAGUAGUUACGGACGGUCAACUCCAUCUCCGACAGGUACUGCACCCCAAAACCCUGGCGAGGAACUACAUCUUGCCGGAUUAUUACAACUCUUUUUAUGAUCUUCGAAAGGAGUUUAAGUCUUUCUACCACUCGGAAGACAUCGCCAGCGUUCCUGAUAUGUUGAAUUUUCUUGGAAUGGAGGAAGACUCCUCUGAGGAGCUAGCCACACGUACCGUGAAGGACAUGAGUAGCAUCCUCGCACGAAUGAUCGCCGAUGGUCACAGAUUCGUCUUGCCCGAAUCCAUCAUGAUCAGACUGGAGCCGGGCAUCUGCUCACGAACUGAGGAGGUAGACAGCGGUUGUGUGGUCAGAGCGAGAGGACUACCAUGGCAAAGCUCAGACCAGGACAUUGCCAAAUUCUUCCGGGGCCUUAAUAUUGCCAAGGGUGGUGUUGCAUUGUGUCUGAGCCCGCAAGGUCGAAGGAACGGCGAGGCACUGAUUCGGUUUAUCUCUCCUGAGCAUCGCGACAUGGCUCUCAAGCGACACAAACACCAUAUUGGCAAUCGCUACAUCGAAGUGUACAAGGCCACUGGGGAGGACUUCAUUAACGUUGCCGGCGAAUUGUUUUCAUCUCUAGGCAGCAACAAUGAGGCCCAGACCUUCUUGUCCCGUGGCGGCCAGGUAAUCAUCAGGAUGAGGGGUCUACCCUACGACUGCACUCCUAAGCAAGUGGUUGAAUUCUUUGAAUCUGGCGAAAAUGGAUGCCAAAUUCUCGACAAUGAGGAUGGCGUUCUAUUUGUGAGAAAACCUGACGGACGAGCAACGGGAGACGCCUUUGUCCUUUUCGGGUCGGAGGAUGAUAGCACCAAGGCCCUCGCAAAGCACCGGGAGAUAAUAGGCUCACGCUACAUUGAGCUAUUCCGCUCCACUACGGCAGAGGUGCAGCAGGCCGCCAUGAUGAGACAGAUUCGUGUGGAGGACGGGGAAGGAGGGCGUCGCUGCGGGCGAGGUGACGGGGUGCUGAACCGGUCCAUGGACCCACGCACAUAUGAGCAGCAGCAGCCCCUCAUUGCCCAGCUGCCCCAGGUGCCACUCUUGCCUCAGCAGAUCAUCACUUCAGGGACCAGAAAAGACUGUAUCCGUUUAAGAGGGUUGCCCUUUGAGGCUCAAGUGGAGCACAUCCUGGAGUUUCUUGGAGAACUGGCCAAGAGCAUUGUUUACCAAGGGGUACACAUGGUGUACAAUGCACAUGGUCAACCAAGUGGUGAAGCAUUUAUCCAAAUGGACAGUGAACACUCUGCCUACCUUGCCUCUCAGCAAAGACAUCAUCGCUACAUGGUCUUUGGCAAAAAGCAACGAUACAUUGAGGUUUUUCAGUGUUCAGGAGAAGAUAUGAACAUGGUGCUGACUGGAGGCCUUCCUGCCCAGCGACCCAUCGUGUCCCCGGGAGGCACUGUGCUCACACCUCCCUUCGGAGCAUUUCCUCUGGGUCCUGCACCCCCAGUUUUGAAUGCCGUUGGAGCUGUUACUCCCCGCCUACCAGCAUAUCCAGGAAUGGCCUAUCCAACUAUGUUUUACUGGCCAUAUCCAUCACCGCCUGUUUCUCCAAGUUCCCCAUACUACGGGUCCCCACCACAUAUGGCAACUCCUGCCACACCACCUCAUCACACCAUUAUAACACAAGAAUGUCUGACAAUUCAAGCAAAUGGAGAUCCCCCUAGGCACAAUGCUGAAGCGGUUGCUACAAUAUAAGCCACUAGGAGGAAGGUUAGAAUGAAAAUACAAAAAGUAAUGAAAUGUGAUUCUAUGCAAGAGAAAAGUUAUAGAAUGCAUAAAUUAAUUGUCAGAUUGUAUUGCACUAACAAUCAGAUGCAGUGUAAAGCUAAGUAGUGUGACUUCACUCCAUUGUUGAAAAUGGAACAGAGCCUCCUUGAUAAUUACAGUGUUCCAGAAUUGGAAGACGGGGGAAUUUCACCAAUCAAACUUCAUUUUUGUCCAGGGCUUGAUCAUAGAUCUAUUCAAGACAUUCAGCAUUAAGAAUCACCAUAGAAUAUGAGUGUAUUUUUCCUGUGUACAUAAAUAUUUAAUACAUUAGAAUAAAGUGAUGAGUACUGUGAUGAAUUUAAGCUACCGUAUGUAUCCCCACUGGAGAUUAUAAAGCACCUAAGUUUUUAAGUACUACCAUCAUUCCCAACUUAAAUAUUGCAAGCCCCAUAGGGUUAGUACAGUAUUUUUUAUUUAUCAUUUAUUUAGAUGUUUAUAAUUGUUAUGAAUUUUGAUUAUAAUUUGCUUCCUAAAUAUGAGUUAAUUUUUGUCCUUAGUUUAAGGAGCUUGUUGCUGAAGCCUCUGUUAGCUGCAACUCGUGUGACAACAAGUAUCACAAAGUCUUCCAAUAGCUAUUUUAAGUAAGUUUUAUGAAAACACUGUCAUUCUUACUUGUGGACAUUUCAGUUGACAGUAAGUAAUGUAGCAUUCACACAAAUGCUACUCUUUAUCUAGAUUUUAAGUUUCCUAUCGUUAAUUUUAUACAAACAAACAAAUGUGGAUCAUUUGUGUCCUAUUAAAGUUAUAUGUACCAGCAUUCCUAAUUGAAAAAACAACAAUGGCAGUACUGCCAUGUGCUGUCAUAAUCUGUAUUUUUUUUAUCUGAAUAAUGUGUUCUACAAGUUUACAAUACAGAAUAUAUGAAUGUAUGAAUUUAAAAUCUCAAAUAAGUGAUACACACUCCUUAUUAGAAGAUGAACCAAGUGAAUUAUAGCAAAAUAUAUUUUAACUUAAGAGUGUCUAAAUUGGACAUGCUAAAUCUGUAUGAAGCAGGUAUAUUCACAGCUAAGUAGCCCAAAUUGCAUGUAUAUGAGGUAGUCCAAAACAUAUAUAAAGUUAUUCAGUUGAUAUGCAGACGUAGAGAUGUUAGGUAGGUCAUAUGUCAUGAUUAUGUAACUUGAAGAGUAGGCUACAUUAGAACUUAAGAUAAUUUAAUACUUAAAGAUACAUUUACACAUUCACAUACUUGCUAAACACACACACACACACACACACACACACACACACACACACACAGGCACACCCACCCAGACACACACACACACACACACACACAGACACACACACACACACAGCCCCUCCACACACACACACACACACACACACACACACAGCCCCUCCACACACACACACUCAAAAAAAAAAAAAAAAAAGUCCCAGCCCUGUAAAACUACAACUAGGUAAAUACACACACACACACACACACACACACACUUCUCUGACAGCUCCGUCGGUAAAGCGCUGCACUGCCAGGCUUCACGGCCUGACAGGCAACGGUUCAAGCCCUGCUCAGGCUGGGUUUUACUACUGACUAAGGAGUGGUUACUGUCCCCCCUUGAGCAAGGGGGAUGGGGGUGUGGUGUGGGAGGUCUUGGCUGUACCCAAAGAUUGACUAAUGAGCCUUGCAGUUGCUAUAAUCAGGAGGGUACUUGCUGGUGAUUGCGAGUCCAACUUGUGAUCAGGCCAUGGUGAAAUACACACACACACACACACACACACACACACACACACACACACAUAUAUAUGCCCUGGUAACUCAGUGCGCUGCGCUGCCAGGUUCCAUGGUCUGGCAGGCAGAGGAUCAAGCCCUGCUCACGCGAAUUUUUCCACUGGCAGAGGGGUAGUUACUGUCCCCCCUUGAGCAAGGUGGAUGGGAUGUGUGGUGUGUGAAGGUCCUGGCAGUACCCAGAGAUUGACUAUAAGGAGCUUGCUCAGGUCAGGAGGAUACUUGCUGCCGAUUGAGAGACCAGCUCAUCAUCAGGCUGUCGGUGAAUUACACACACACACACACACACACACACACACACACACACACGCACACACCACUCUGUGGCACAACUGGUUAGAGCGCUGCGCUGCCAGGCUUCACUCUCUGACAGGGCGGCAGUUCGAGCCUGCUCAGGCCGGAUUCUUUCCAUUGACUAGAAGUGGUUACUGUCCCCCCUUGAGCAAGGGGGAUGGGGUGUGUGAUGUGUGAGGUCCUGGCAGUACCCAGAGAUCGACGAUGCCGGGAGGGUUCCUGCUGGCGAUUACGAGUUCAACACGUGAUCAUGCCACGGUGAAUUACACAACUGUUCUGAUAGUUCAGUAGACUAAGGGUCUGCCCUGUCAGGCUCAGUCCUGGCAGGCUGAGGUUUGAGCCCUGCUCAAGCUGAGAUUUUUCUGCCGACAGAGUGGGUACUGCCCCCCCUUAAGAAAGGGGAUGGGGUGUGUGGUGUGUGAAGUUCUGACAGCACCCAGAGAGCAACUUUAAUAAGCUUGCUCUGAUUGGGAGGGUAUAUAUCUGCUGAAGAAGCCGAGUCCAGCAUGUGAUCAGGUCAGGGUGGUGAAUCACACACACACACACACACACACACACACACACACACACACACACCAUACAGCCCCCCCCCCCCACACACAGGUAGUGCAGUGGUUUGCAAUCUAACCUCAGAACUGAGAGGUCCCGAGUUCAAUUCCCAGGCAGAUUAUAGACAGAUGGGCAGUCUCCUAUACUACUUACCUUUCUACCCACCCCAGCUAAAGGGUACUGACUGGGUGUCAGUUUCAGUCAUGGGUUGUGUCCUGUCUCCCAGGUGUGUGUGGGUGUGAUGUGUGGUUCCUGCUGUUCCUGAGACCUGUCACUUAAGCUCCAAGCUCAUUCAGGGAGGGUACUGACUGGAGAUCAUGAGUCCAACCAGUGAUCAGACCACGGUAUAUGACACACACACACACACACACACACAAACACCACUCUGUGGCGCAACUGGUUAGAGCGCUGCGCUGCCACACACACACACACACACACACACACACACACAUACACACAAAGCCAGUUCCUUUAACUAGUACUAAUUCAAUGGAAUUGGCUGAACUGGAAAAGUAAAUUUGCAUCAUCUGCGGUUAUAUGUUUAAUAAUUUUUCAGUGGAAAGAAUGACACCAAAUAGCUAAAUUUGUUGUUAUUGUCCAGUUUGGUGUAGUGUUUUGAUAUUUGUCUGUAUUGGAAAUAAGUGAACUUGUCAGCUGCAGACCAUUUUCUUAGGCUUCAGUAAAUUUUUUUGUUAUUUUUUGCUUUUCUAUGGUUUUAAUAGUUAUAUGUACAGCAAAACCUCUUAAAAUCAGUAUAAUUGGGGUGAAGGCAUUGCCAAAUGACCAAACUGCAGAUUUAUAAGGCACCUCCUUUCCUGUAAAAAUAUCAUGAUUAUUUUCGCAUAUAAAAGGGAUAAAUCAAAUAUAAGGAGGUCCUUUUGGUAAGCUAGAGAGCCAAUAUUACUGUCCAGCAUUUAUUGAACAAACAGAAUGACACACACUCUUCACUUGAAGCACUUGAAAACUGCACUAUAUUGACGAUAACGACUGACUAAGGGUGAAUUUAUCAUGUGGUAGUAGUAGGACUGGGAAAAGUGACUACUUCCUGAAACACACACACACACACACACACACACACACACACACACACACACACACAUACGCAUGCACACGUAGCCCUGGUAGCUCAGUGGUAGAGCUCUGUGCUGCCAGGCUUCACAGCCUGGCAGGCUGAGGUUCAAGCCCCACUCAGGCUGGGAUUUUUCCACUGACAAGGAGUCCAGGUUACUGUCCCCCCUUGAGCAAGGGGGAUAGGGUGUGUGAAGGUCCCAUCAGUAUUCAAAAAUCAACUAAUAAGCCUUACUCUAAUCGAGGGAAUACUUGCUGCUGAUGACAAGUCCAGCCAUGGUUGAAUUAAAUACACACACACACACACACACACACACAGGACUUUUUUUGUACAGUGUUUAGUGUGCUCUCCUCACAACCAAGCGAUCCUGGAUUCGAUUCCCGGAUGGAACGGCAACUGAUGAAAAGUUUCCUUUAAUCUGUUGCCCCUGUCCACCCAUUAGUGAAUGGGCACACGUUGUCAGUCGAGGAUUCUGUCCCACUUCUCAGGUGUGCAUGGGUGUGAGGUUUCAGCUGUACCCAGAGAUCUGUCACCUCUUAGCUCCAAGCUCACUCGGGGAGAGUACUGGCUGGCAAUCAUGAGUAUCAUGUGGUCAGACCAUGGUUAAUUACACACACACACACACACACACACACACACACACACACAUUGUUCCAUAGCUCAGUGGUUAAGAGCUCUGCUCUGCCAGGCUUCACAGCCUAACAGGUGGAGGUUCAAGCCAUUCUCAGGCCUGGAUUUUUUCACUGACAAGGAGCAUUACUGUCCCUCCUUGAGCAAGGAGGAUGUGGUGUGUGGUGUGUAGAGGUCCUGGCAGUACCCAGAGAUCGACUAUUAAUGAGCUUGCUCUUGUCAGGAGGGUACUUGCAGGUGAUUGUGGGUCCAAUAUAUAAUCAGACUGUGGUGAAUUACACAAAGGUGUGAGGUUUCAGACAGUCCCAAAGAUCAAUCAUCGGAGUUCCAGUGCUCACCUGGGGAGGCACUGGCUGGAGAUUGCAAGUUCACAGCAUGAUUAGACCAUGGAAAUUAUAUAUACACACACACACACACACACACACACACACACACACACACACACACACAUGCAUCACUCUUGCAGCUCAGUGGUUAAAGCUCUGCACUGCCAGACUCAGGUCUAGCAAGCAGAGGUUUGAGCUUCACUCAGACUGGGAUAUUUUUGCUGAUAAGGAGUGGUUACUGUCCCCUUUUGAACAAGGGAGAUGGGGUGUGUAGUGUGCGAAGGUUCCAGCAGUACCCAGGGACUGACUUUAAUGAGUUUGCUCGAGUUGGGAGAGUACUUGCAGGUGAUGUUGAAUCCAACUUGUGAUCAGGUCAAGGUGAAUUACACACACAUCACUUCCAUGGUAGCAUGCCAAUUUACUUAUUUUGGAUCUCCGAUAAAUAGGACGUGGCCAACUUGAGUAAUUUUUUCCCAAUUUUUUCAAGCUGCUAAAAAUUUUCUUUUUUGUAAAUCAUUUUUUUGUGCCUUCUCAUCCCUAAUUCAUACUCAAAGGGGUUUUACUGUAGUUGCAUUAGCUUGAAAUAGUUUAGCAAAUGACUGUAUGCAGUGGUCAUACCAAAAACUAGGGAUCUAGUUAGUGUGUGUAUUUACUUAUUUGUAUUUGUCUAGUUGUAGUAUACAGGGCCUGAGUUGCUCGUGUGGGCCUGUCUCCAUAUCUGUUUUUUCCCGGUUUUCCUUAGAUUGCCACACACAUCUUCUCAUCCCAAGUAUUUCUAUUUCUUUUGGAAAAUAUGUACUUUUUUGUGUCGUUAAGAUAUGUUUCCUUCCGCAGUUUUUUCUUGUAUUGUUUGAACUCCCUGACUUUACUUCCCCUUUUCAAUAAUAGAUCUGUAUUAUCUGAUUAUUCUAAGUCAAUCCUAAUUUUAUAUUGUAACCAGGUCUCCUCUCUUUUUAGUGCCAGUGUUUUCAGCUAUAUUUCUUUUAAUCUUUCUUCUUGAUUUAUGUCUCCAAUUUCUAGUACCAUCUUAAUGGCUAUUCUUUGUAUUUUUUCCAACUUCUUCACAUGUUAUUUUUUGUGAGGGGACCCUAUGACUCCUGCAUAUUUUAGUUUUGGUCUGAUCACUGUGCUUAUUUUUUUCAUCAUAUCUUGAAGUGAAAUGCAUUUUUUAUAUUCUUUAGCAUAUUGUAUGUAUCUCCAACUAUAUUUUUUAUAUGCUUCAUUGGUGACCAAUCAUCCUGAAUGACCAUUCCCAGGUCUUUUUCCUCUUUUUCUCAUAUCAUAUUAUUUCCUAUUUUGUAAGUGCAUGUAGGUGUCAUUUCACUCUUCCCCAUUUCCAGUACAUAACUUUAUUUGCAUUAAAUUUCAUUUUUCAUGUUUAACUCUAUUCAUAUAUCUAGUUAAUGUUCUUUUGCAACUUCUCAAAGUCUCUAUUUAUUGUUUUCCUCAUUCAUUUUGCAUCACCUGCAAACAGACAUGUGUAACUGUUCACUCCUGCCACGUCAUUUAUAUAAAUAAGAAACAUAGUUGGUGCUAACACUGAGCCCUGUGGCACUCCACUAGUCACUUUAUUUCUCUUUGUCAUCUCUUUCACUCAUUUCUUCAUUUCUCUUCCUUCCAAAUAGUCAUUUAUCUGUUUUUUUUCCUUUCAAACCUCCAGUGACUUUUAGUAUUUCUAUCACAAGAUUGCCACGAUUGCCCCCUUCUAAAACCAAAUUGCCUAAAUAUUUCAUUCAUUAUUUUUUUGUUGCCCCCUCACAUAUUUUACAUUGUAUGUAUACAGCUUGUCAAAGAAACUGGUUUAUAAUUGGAAUCAUAUUUACUCUCUUCAUCUAUCUUGAGACUUUCCCUGUUUUCAGUGAAAAUUCAAUUAUAUCAUAUACUAAUCCAAUCAGCUAUUGUCUACACUCUUUUAUAAUAUGCUCUGGUCCUGUUGCCUUCCUUCCCUCUUGGCUGUUCAUUAUCUCCUGUGUCUUUUCUCUAUUCCCUUUGAUUUACCCCAUCUCUGCCAUAUUUCUCUUUGAUGGUAUUCUAAAUCUGAUUCCUUUUAAAUUUUUUGGAAAUGUUCAGUCAGUAUUUCACUCAUUUCUCAUUUCAGGUCUUCAUAUAUUAUGUUAACUUUCAAACAGGUAACACUUUCUUCAUUCCCUAUUUUUGGUUUAUAUAUUUAUAGCAUAGCUUAGGAUAUGUCUUACAUUUGUUGACUGUAUUCUUUUCAUGUUUCUUGUUUUCCACUCUUCUUAUCCUCACAUAAUUAUUUCUUGUCAGUUUAUAGUUUCUGUUUCUUUGUUAUUUUUCUCCUCAUUUCCUUCCAUGCUUUAUCCCUUCUCUCAUAUGCCUUUUCACACUUUACAUAAUACCAAUCCACUUUCUUUUCUCCCUUUAUUCAAUGGAACAUAUUAACAUUCUGUAAAUGCUUGUUCAUAUUUCUUUAGGAAAAAAUGGUAUUACUUCUAUACAUCCCUUGAUUUUCUUUUACUCCAGUUUGUUUCAUGAAGGAAUUUUUCAAGGUCUGUAAAGUUGGGGAUGACAAAGUGUUUCCUGUGCCUGUGUACCUCCUGGCAUUGUGAAAAGAUCCUCAAUUUCCAAUAUCAUAUUGUCGCUCUUUCUCAUGGGACGUAUAUUUUCUUCAUUUAUUUAAGGUCCAACCUUGAUGGUUCAUUUCCUCCUCUCUCUCUUGUUUUAUUAGGCAUCCCUUGCAAAAUCAUGUUGUUCAAUGUCAUCCUCUGUAAUCUGUGUCCCCAAGUAUUUCUGUCUCCCUCACUUUUGAACAUCUCCCACUCUAAGGUAGAGAUAAAGGUGGGAGCAUAUGCUAUAGCUGUGUGUGGCAGUGGUGCUCAUCUCUCUCCCAUUGGCCUUUUGAGCCUGUGGUGGGAGAGAACCCAUAAACUCAACACAGGUUGAGUGUAACAUCUGGGUUACCACAGUUUACCCUCCUCAGGUUUCUCCAGGUACCCAAUUAUCAACCAUUCAGAAAGGAAUGAUGAACAGUUGGAUGGACUGCACACUGACUGUCCAGCCCAGGAUUCAAACCUAGGCCCACACAUUUGUAGUUAGGGACACUAACCACUGCACCAUGGAGGUACCCACCCACUUUACUUGACUAAUUAAAAUGUUGCUGUUUAUUAUUAUCCAUUGUAAACUCUCCAGGGUAUUUUUUCAACUUUCAUCUAGUAAUUAGUCCAUUGGUUGGGGCAUAUGCAACCACAAUUUUUAUUUUCUCCACUUUUACCUGUUAUCUCCACUCAUUACUUCUGCUGUCUCCUUCAUCUGUUUCACCUUUACCACUUAUAUUUUAGAUUUCAUCAUUAUCAUAAUACCUCUGUGUUUUCAUGGUGCAUCUCUGUGGUGCAGUGGUUAGCAUGGCUAACAACAAAUCUGUGGGCCUGGGUACGAAUCCCAGCACCCAGCUGCUCAUCCUUCCAUUCAGGAUGGCCGGUAAAUGGGUACCUAGGGAAACCAGGAGAAGGUAAACCAUAGUAACCUGGAUGUUGCACUGGCCCUCUGUCCCUGGUUAAUGGCUUCUCACCCACAACAGGCUCAAUAGCCAAUGGUAAGGAGAUGAGCACUGCAGCCACAUGCUGCUAACAACAACACCUCCAAACUUUACCAUGCCUACAACACCUCCACCCCUCUUACCCUUCCUGUCUUUUCUCCAUACAGUAAACUUUCUUCAGUUUUAAAGGUGAUAUCUUCAGCUAAUCUUGCUUCUGCAAGGCAAAUGAUUUCCAGCUGUAUUUCUGAGGUAGUCUUUUAAUUCUAAUUUUCCUAGUAGUAUCCCAUAUAUAUGGGUAUAUAUUAUCUCCGACUCAUCUGUUUCUUUCUCUGCUCCUUUGCACAUCCUUCUCUUAAUUUCUAUUCAUUAUAUACUUUUUUAUGCACUUUUUUCUUCACUCUACAGAAUGUCAUUUCCUCUGUUGGCCUUUCUUCAUUUUUCUCUUUUACUUCUUUCCUCAAUAUCUUCAUCUUUUGUCUCUCUUCUUGAUUUAAGCUCCUUAUUAUAAAUACUUGUAUGUACUCUGUAAUGUUCUUGCCACAAACAUUACUGUUUGUGAUCUCUGUUGUGUGACCCAAACCCCUCCUUCAACAUAUUUUCCAUUCUCACCACUUCUUUUCAAUCUUUGUUCCUUCAUCAUUGUCUUUUCUUUAUCUCUGUUAUUUCAAUGGGAUCAUCUAGCAUUUUACUCCAUAUAUUAUUUUCUUUCUUUCCUGCAGCAUCCCUGACUAUUAAAUCUUUAGUUUAAAUUACUUUAAUCACUUCUUUUUUCAAAGAUAUCCUUCUGUUCCACCUGCUUCUUUAUAAAUAUCUUCUUAAAAGUCAUCCUGUCUUUUUCUUGUUUCUUUUGUUUCCUGUGACUUCACCAGUCACAAAGUUCUGAACUUCCUCAUUAUUUUCUUGUCUUGCUCCUUGCUCUUUUCUUAACUUCACUUUUCAUUUUCAGUUUUUCAAUUUCCUUCUCCCCACUCUCAUUAACCUUAUCAAGGUACUCAGUUUGUGCACUGAGUGCCGUGUUCUCUUCCUCCAAGUCAGAUUGUUUUUCUCCAGCCCAAUUUUUCUAAUACUUUUUGUCACUGCAGUCUGUCACUCUUCUUUCAGUCCUCUCAUUUCUAGCUUUGUUUUGUCUCUUCUGCCUCAGCCUUUUUCAAUCUCACUUUUACUUCAGAGAAAUCAAUUUCUUCAGUUAAAUUCCUUAUCAUGAGGCCCCUUGGAGACAAUGGUGAACCCAGCCAGCAUUGCAGAUUUAGUCACUGUUUAUAUUUUUGCAAUUCACUGCAUAGCAGUUUUAUUACUCACUUUCUCCUUCCUUGGAGACAGGACCACUUAUUUACCAAUCCAGGCACCCUUGUUCUAUACUAGGUACUCGAAGAGGUGAUGAAAUUUCCAUUGUUCCCCGACACUGUUCACUAAUACACACUGUCACAGAACGGUGUCAGACAACCAUGUGUGUGUGUGUGUGUGUGUGUGUGUGUGUGUGUGUAUCUUUUUUGAGUCAUGAUCCCCUGUUUAUGAAGGACUAUGAAUAUGCUGGUUGCAUUUCAAGUGCUGCAAUAUAUUUAUUUUCUUGUUCUUCAUACCCUAGUCGUUACAGCGUGAGUUGUGAGCUGCAAUGGUGCUCAGACUACUCAACUUAAUGCUCAGGCAGCCAUGUGCACCACAGGUGCAAAAUAUUUGCUGUCACUGAUCCACACACUAUUUUCACAUGUACAUAAACCAAGUGUGCUAUCUCUAAUGUAUAUUCUUAAAAAGGUUGCCAUGAUCAUGUGCUUAGUAUGUUGAUCACAGUCAUAACAUCUCAAAUCGGUUUUCUGAAACAAAUUGUUAAUCACUGGCGCUAUCUCUUUGUGCUUGCCAACAUUAUUUUAUCAGAUUCCUACAAUGUAAUAGAAGUAUUUUUAACCAUUAAUAGCGGUUUCCCAAAUAGCAUAUGUAUCAUGCAUCUCUACAAAUAUUAUUUCUUAUCUUUAUCUUAGAUAGAUCUGACUAAACUCUUAGAUAUAUAGUGGUGCAUAUGGCUGAAAAUUUAUAUUUACUAUAAUAUAUUUUGCCAGUUUAAAUGAGAAUGAUAAUCAUUAAAUGCAAACUUACUACUUUUUUAUAAGUCAUCAGUUUCCAAAGAUAAAGUAUGUAAUAACCAAGUAUGAAUUUUAUUAUAUAUAUUAUAAUUUUUUGGUUCAAAUGUUGCAUUACCUUGUGAACAUCAUCUGUGAUAUUUUAAAGUGUGAAGAGCCAUCUUAUGGAAUACCAGGGACAGGUGCUCAGUAGUCUAAUUAUUAUCUUGGGUUAAAAUCUGUGAUUUGGAAUUAAAAGUCUUUGGUUAAUAGUGGGCAUCUUUCAUGGUAUAAAGGGAUCAAGGGAUUAGUAUUGGUUUAUCCUUGACAGGCAUCCCAAGUGGAAGCUUAAUGUGGAAGCUUGAUAGAAAAUGUUAACUGAAAUGUCUAAUAUAAUUAUACUUACCCAGAAACUUAUUCUGAACCCUUUAUGGUGCUCAUGUGAUCAUUAUUAAUAGAGGUAACUUGCCAUUUUGGAGCUCAUUUGAUCUCUAUGAUUGGAGAGGCAUUACAGCAACAAUAGUCCGGCUCGGCACAUCUGUUGCAGCCAUAUGAAUGUCAUAUUUUUUUCUUUCUUUUGUUAAUCUUCAUUGGGUGCACUUGGGUAAUUUCAUCAUUAUUGGUAAUCUGUUAUUUGUUGCUUGGUAUCACAUCUCACAUCAUGAGUUCUCUCCUUUCAGUUCAGUCUUUAAUAACAAGUCAUUUGCAGUGGUUAAUGCAAUCAUUUACUUUGGUUCUUUGCAGCUUUGGGAACAGCUAGGGUAUGUUCUGUCUCUCCUCUGUCAUUUCUCUUUUUUUCUUUACUUCCCUAUUGGUAAAAUAUUUAGAAAAUUGAAGAAAUUUGAAGUGAUUCCAUUACUCCUAUGUUAUAACAGUUUUGAAUGACUUCAAUUCUCUUUGUCUUGUUAUUUUUUACAUCCAAAAGCAUCAUGUACAGUCCUUUACCUGAUUUCCAUGGCUUUUUACACUAUAAAUAACUUAGUUCUUAAGAUGUUUGUACUCCAUGCUUCAUGUGCACAUUCCAUUAAUUAUAGGAAAAUUUUCCCAAUUGUCUUUGUAUAUAAAAUAUUGCCAAGUCAGUUUUCAUGCAUCCAUUUCUUUAAUAUGGAAAACUGUCCUUUCCUUUGAAAGCAAUGCAACAUCCUAAGGAUGUGAAUCAUAUUUGACUCAAAUAUUUUGUUUAUUGUUUGUUUUUCUCCUAAUACAUGCAUAAUUUUGAAGGUGACUGAAUUUUUAUGUAGAUUUUAUAUAGAUGUCAGCUUAAUUUUAUUGCAACUAUGUUGUAUGACGUAUUUUGAUUUUCAGUGGACUGAUAGAUAUUUCCUUUUCUUUGUAGUCAUUAUUUUUUCUUAUAGUAAGAAGGUAGGCCAAUCUUAGAGUAUCAUAAGUGAUAAACAUUUAUUUUGAAGAAUCACCUCUUGUAAUGAUCCCACCUGUAGUCAUACUGCAGAUAUCUGAGCUCUGCUUCUAUGUGAAACUCUAAGUACCACAGGCCUUCUGAUGACAUAGACAGGGAGGUGUCAUAAUGCUUCCUCAGAGAGGCUGUAAUCCCAUUAUGUGCAAUACAUAACAUAUUUAU